ACCUUGACCGCGUGUCAUUUCGUAAAGACGAAAAGCACAUGUUGGUGUUCGGUACGUUUUAGAUGGCAGCUGGCAGCCGCGUUUGAGGUUGCUGGAGACUUCCUGAUGUCCUACGUCAAAGACAAGCGUGGGGUUCCUCGGGGUAGCUGCAGCUGUGGACAAUGUGCCCAUUAUGUACCACAAACUGAGGGGCACGCAUGCGGCUAUUGUGGCUGUCUGCCAGUUCAGCAUGAAGACCUCAGGAAAAUCGCAAACCUUCAAAAGUCAUUUCCAAUUCUUGAAACAGACACCGAAAUUGCUUCAGAAGAUGAACUUCCUGUCAUACUUGGCCCAAGUCGACCCAGAAAAACAAAAGAUUUUCCAGACAGAUUGGAUGCACCAGUCUGGAACUCUGAACAGGAUACAACCACAGCCAGUGGUACAAAGAUGCACAGCGAUUUGGGAUCAGACAAUACAGACAAAAUCCCAAAUGAUGUGGGCCUGGCUAAAUCAACACAGGAUAGUCAAGUUCAUGGAUCUCAGAAUAUGAAGCUUCCAAAAUAUAAAAGUAUAGACAGGGUUACGGAGGUACCACCAUGCGAGCUCCUCCAAUCAAAUCACAUGCCAUACUAUGAGCUUCCCGACAAACAGCCAAUGAAAGGUGUGUAUAAGAUUGCCUAUAAACACAAGACAAUCUACAUAGGAAAAUCGCUCAACAUCCGUCGGCACCUGAAAAGGCUCAUGCCAGGAAGAUUAAGUCAGGAAAUUGGUAAGUUCCUUAAAAAUCUUCCGAAGAAGAAAAAGAAGUAUUUGACAGUUUUCUGGAUCGACUCAGACCUAUACAAGCACAACUGUAAAGGUAGGUCAUACUUCAAAUGUAUCACCAGAAUACAGGGAGAAAAACCUAAAUAUUCCUAUCCUAAAAAGUAUAGUGAUGCUGGAGGUGGAGGAGCAGCUACUGGUGUCAUGAGCACACCUGGAGACACAAGCAUGAUCACGACUACAGUCCAAGAUAGUCAGGUGGAGGCCGGAGAUGAUGUUGCUAAUAAGAGGAGUGCAUCUCCACCUCGAACACAAGACACUCACAUUGGUGUUGAUCCUACACGAGGAAAGAAGAAGUGGAAGAGGAGUGGAUCCGCACCACAAGGGCACAGCAGUCUCACCAGAACUGGACAGGGAAGAGGGAAGAAGUGUUUGGGGAGUGGGAACCAUUUGAAAGAAAAAGCUGAUGAUGUAAUGCUUGGAGACAAAAUGACAAAAACAAACAAACCAAUGAAAAAGGUUGCAUAUUUUGAAUCAGACAGACAAGAUCCCGAGUCAGAAGUUGGGAAAUUAACAUCACUCAAAGGCAAACGUCAAAGAAAACGCAAGAAGUCUAAAACAAGCGCUACUAGCCUACUCUCUGAAGCUCUUCAGCCUAAAUCAACAAGAAGUUCAACAAAAGAAAUUUCUCCGAGCUCUGGCAGAAAAGUACUAUCCACAAAGACAAAGUUGUGUUCUGUAUUACUUGACAAGAAAAGAUUUGUUAUACAGGAAGCAAAGGUAAAGGUACCACCUUGUGAUCAGUUGGAGAAGAAAACACCAGAUACAGAGGUAUGUUCUGGUGUAGAAAGAGUCAAGUCAUUAGCUUCCCACAAUAUGAAAACCCAACAUGUGCCUUGCAUUGAGGAGACUACGGUAACCAAAUCUUCAAAGGUAACCGUAGUAAAGGUCGAGAGAGAGGAUGUCACCAAAACUACCAGGUACGCAGACACUGCUCUCUCCUCAACAUCUCAGGGGUCUGCAGGAGGACCUUCUGGAUUUUCUGGACAAGAUCAUCAGUUUACUGAUAUGAGGCUAAACACGUCAACACCCAUUCCUAUCAGUUCAACUGAAGACAAGAAUGACUCAGGAUCUAUAUAUAAAGUAGAAAAGUCAGACCAAGAAUAUUCCUUACAAUGUGUCCCUUUCACUCUAGAGGAUAAACAAGAAUGGAUUCCUGAUAUUUUGGCUGAUUCAGAAGACUCAAUGAAACUAAUCAUAGAUGAACAGCAAUGUGCUUAUUCUCCGGGCAGAUCAAAAUGGACUCAUGAAAACUGGCCAGAGAGUCCCAUAGCUCCCUACAAGAAGGAACAUGUUAACAGUAAUGAGUCUUUUCGAUAUGAUUCGAGAUCUAGUAAAGAAGAAGAUGGUGCUUCUGUUCCAGCUAGUCCCGGAAACCGAGAAGGCAGACCAGAGACAUCAACUACUAUAUCAACACAGGGGGUGUCAGUGAGUCCUGUUAAGUGGCAGCCUGCAACCAACGCAUCAGCAUCAGAUUCAUUCAGAACUCAAACUUCGAAACUGUCACAAUGUCUAAACUCUUUUGAAGAGGACAAAGUGUUGACUUCAAAGCCAGAAUCAUCAGCUUCUCUUGAUUCUAUCAACCGUUGCUCUGUAUCCCAGGGUAGACUAGUGGGCACUGCUGAUUGUAAAACCCCUAUUGGCCCCACUGAAGAGAAAGCACCAACUGACUCACUUGCUUGCAGAGCUCCCGGUGAUGUCCAUCCUGACACAAGUUUGUCAAGCGCCAUUGAUGCCACAAAACCCAUCAAACCCUUUUUGGACACAAACGCUUUGGAUUCUACUACAAAGUUUCCUCCAGGAAAGAACUCCCGUUGUGAUACCAGGAUUGUUGUUUGUGAACAAGGGUCGUGGCACGCUGGUGCUUCAUCAUCUCAGUAUAAGAACACACCCUACAGGCGGGAGUCACGGCCUGUGUUUGAUAACAUCGAACACUGGAGAUCUCAUCAACGUCAUUUCAUGUCCAACGGCUGUAGUAGACGCUACACGAACCGAGAGCGAACUUUCGACAGGGUCGAAUACCGACAUGGAAAUAUGGACAUGAAGGACACAGCCCUAGUGAAGACAGAAGGCCCAGACCCAUGGUAGGCAAGUUCUGGUCUACUUCAGAGGGCACGGGUGGCACAACAGCUUAGGACUUUGCAGUGUUGAUUCGCUCAAAUGCUCAUUGGAUGGAAUCCACGAAUCGUCACGCCUCGAGCUUCACUCCCACAAGAGUGAGUUGAGUUGAGUUUUCCGCCACUUGUAGCAAUAUCAUGGCGCCAUAACACCAGCAAUUCGAAGCAUAUUUGAAUCAAUAGUCUCGUCCAAACAAAUUCAUCGCUUUAUCGAUUCAAACUGCAAUGUUGUGUAGGUUGUUUGUUGUUUCAUUGUUGAGUUGUUAAAUAUGUGUAAAGGUCACACAUUGAUCGUCGAGAAGUUACACCUUGGUUAAAGCAGAAUGCAAAAGAAAAUUCUACUCAAACACAAUUCAUUUCAAGGAGUAUUGAGAUCCAGACUUGACUUAAUUUCAAGAUUUGUUCCUUCAGAUUAUACCCAAGUUUGUAACGUUGUUCAAUAACAUUUUGUUGAGGUAAGGAGAAGAAAAAGUGUGAUUUGUGUGUUUCUUUGUAAUAUUGAAAUAUUGCUUGUGUCUUUUAUUCUACGAUAACACCAAAUCCAAGAGGAAUGCUAUUUACUUAUUUUCAUAAUUUACGAUUAACGUUUGUACCUAACUUGUUUCUUUGUAAUGUUGUAAGUAGUUUGGUGUGUUCUAUUCAACGAUUACACCAAAUCCGACAGGAAUACUACAUACUUAUUUUCAUAAUUUGUCAUGAUUAACGUAUGUACCUAUUUUCACAACAAGUGCUGUAUAUAUUUUUAACACCUUUGAAUUAAAUUUAAUCAAUCAU